AAUCCACAAUAUAAACAAACAACAAUCUCAUGUUCUCUCAGUAUUUACAAUGAUAAAAAAGCUUUUGUAUUGCUUCCUAAACUCUUUCGAAGAUGCAAAACCUGAAGGUGGUCAUAGUUGGAGAUGGUGCAGUGGGGAAAUCUUGUUUUCUUAUACAAUGGAGUACCAAUUCUUUUCCCAGUGAGUACGUUCCUACUGUGUUCGAUAACUACGGCGGCAAUAUUAUGGUGGACGGAAAACCAGUCUCAGUGUCGCUAUGGGACACAGCCGGCCAAGAAGACUAUGAUAGGCUCCGCCCACUUUCCUAUCCCCAGACGGACAUUUUCUUUGUUGCAUUUUGCGUCAAAUCUCCAACUUCAUUUGCAAACGUCAAAAACAAGUGGAUACCUGAAGUUCGUCAUCAUUGUCCGAACACACCUGUGCUGCUAGUGGGGCUCAAAAGUGACCUCAGAGGUCAAGAGGUCAAUGGGCGUGGCUACACUGAGGUCCCCCGCGAAGAUGCUCAGCAACUGGCAAAAGAUCUUGGAGCGGUGGGUUACUAUGAGACAAGUGCCCUAACAGGAGCUGGUGUGCGGGAGGCAAUGGACGCUGGUGUGAGGGUGGGGCUAACACAGACUGGCACUUCCCGUAGUGGAGGGAGGAGACGUAGAUUCGUACUACCAUGGAAACGGCGCUCCGACCAAUCAUUUUCCACGAAUGCCAGUGGACCUUACGUUCCCCCGCCCCCUGAACUACCGGCCAAUGAAAAAGCACCCUGGAUAAAUAUCUCAUCUUCGGCAUUUGCUCCAGAUUGGGAAAAAACGAUAAACAACCCAUCUCAUUCGGACGUGGUCUUGAGACUGGAGGGCAAGACGUAUCAUGCCCAUCGCUAUGUGCUGGCAUCUGCUUCAGAUCUGUUUAGACUGCUGCUCGGGGUGACUCAGAAACUUAAGGUUGACAAGCUGUGUGAUGGAUGGAGUAAGGCACGACUAAAGAAGGUUACUAUGGAGACGGUCAACUCGGGGCAGUUGGAGGGGAUGAUCCAUAUUGAAGAUAGAUGUUCGGACGGCAGGCAGCUGAUAGAGAUGACCUUUGACCCCUCUGUGGUGACGGAGCUGGCGCUAUCUCGUGCCCUAACGUUCCUCUACACUGGAGUGGUGGAACUAGACAAAGAGAGCGAAGGUUUCGACGAAACAAUCAAGAUUUCUCAGUUGCUGAAUUUACCCGAGUUGGAGCUCGUUUGUAAGAAUGCUCGUAAAGGGGAGGAGUUUCUGAAUCCGAGUAUUGGAACGUGGUUGAACGAUCGAAAUGCCAGCGUUGCAAAACAACUAUUUCUCAACAAGGGAUUGUUCUCUGACGUGUGUUUCCUGGUGGAGGGUGUGGUUGUCCCCGCCCAUCGACUAGUACUGACCACACGAUGUGAGGUCAUGUCGGCCAUGUUGUCUGGAGCCUUCCAAGAGAGCACAGCUAAUGAGAUAUCCAUCCCUGAUAUCCCAUUGGACACGUUUGUGAGUUUCCUAGAGUACCUGUACACUGACCACGCCCCCAUUGAGGAGGGGGACUCUAUGGGAAUAUUGGAGCUGGCCAACAGAUACGUGAUGAGUCGGCUCAUGUCACUCUGUGAACUGUAUAUCUCCAAGCAUGUGGAGAGGGCCACAAAAGAUUCCAUUGCAAAGGCAAACGUCGACAUUAUAGGACUCCUCCUCUCCUCACAGCUACACAACGCAUCUCAGCUCAGCGCUUGGUGCCUCCACUUCAUCUCAAGCAAUUUUGUUGUUUUUGAGGAAAACGAACAAUUCCUGCAAUUGGACCAAGACAACCUCUCUUAUGUGGAGGAACAUCGAUGGCCACCACUGUCUUACGAGGCCGCUAUGAACGAGUAUAAGGCCAAGUACCUCGAUACUGAGGGGGAGGAGUUAGGUAAAGCUCCUGGCACCGCAACAAAAUUUGUUGGCUUCUUAGCAGGUACAAGACUCAAGACUAGCUGCUGCAUGGCUAAUGUUGGACAAGAUAGUGGAGAGGCAUCGCCACUAGAUGAUCCAACAGCCGAUGUGAAUACUGCGAAUACUACCUCACAAAGUUUUGCUACUCAAGUUCCUUCUCUACCUUCACCACCAGUAACUGGUUUAACCAUUGAAACACUAAAGAGAGAAGUUAAAUUCACUGACGAGCAGCUUGACACAAGAGUAGAAGAAACAGACCUCCUCAAAUUAUCAUCUUAUUUUGACACCACACAUGACGGCUGUCUUGCAAUGGGCCUGUCAUCUGGACAGCAAACUGACGUGAGGAGUCAUGCCUUCGUACACGGCACUCAGGCUGGAAUGUUGCUGGCUCUGAAAUACUGGCUGGACAGAGUUGUUGCAGAGGGCACGUUCAGAGCUCUGCUACUCAUCAUACUCUCCCUGGACAAAGGAGACAUUGCUAUCAAUGUGGCCCAGUAUUUGUCAGCCAAAGAUUCCUCAAACACAAAAUCUGAGCAGGCUGCGAGGAAGAAUACUAAAGAACCCGUGGAAUCAAUGAGUGAUGAUCGAAUUAUCACCGACCUCACUGGAAAAAUCGAUUUCCUGGAGACAAAAUUUCAGCGGCUGACUAAUAAAACCCUCAAACGACUCAAGCAAUCUCGUGUCAGUGUAGACGAUUUCUAUGCCAGCAUAACAUGCAUGAAACUAUCGCUGAAAAGUCUUGCUGGAAAAUACAUUGAAGAAUGCUUCGAGAAAGCACGAACACUUGCAAAGAUUUGGGGCAAGUUGAAUCGAUUCUGGGAUUUUUUCAAUUACGAGCUUUUUCGACACGUACUUCGAGUCAUGUUCACUGAAGCAGACGAUCCCUUGCUGAGCCAACUAGCCGAGUAUGAGAGUGAGAUGGAUGGAUUCCUGUCUUCAACAAAACUUAGUGAUUUCUUCAAAGUUUGGCCAUUUUCCAUUGACAGUCCUCAAGAAAAAGAAGUCGGAAAACUGAAGAAUGUUAUAGUGAGGGUGAACAAAAGCUGGGAUGAUUGCACGCUACGUGACGUUAAAAACAUCUCCAACACCUUUGCUCAAGGAUUCUUCUUGCCACGUGAAUUCUUGCUGGUAGCUGGUGUUGGUAAGAGCAGUGUGUCCAUCCUCUGGUCCGUACCUCCUUCUCUGGCCAGCUCGAUAGUGGAACAGGUGAAACAAGGAAAGGAAGACUUCUUAGCAGACAAUGGCUUUCUAUCUAUCACCAUUGAUGGUGUUCAGGUCUAUUCCCUCACUCCAAUGAAGCAGGCUUCUUUACAACUAAAGAAGAUGUACGUAUCUAGACAGAUAUCCAAGAACUUGCUGCAACCUUACAAGCUAGCUCUAAUCACAACAGGGUUUUUUGAUUUUACUAGUCCUAAUAAAUACAUAAGGCGCACACUGCGAGGAGACAAAGAUGACAUUCACUGUAAUAAAUUUGCAACCACUCUCAGCACUCUUGGCCAUCAUCCCAAUGGCUCCCCUGCUCGACUGGUCCUAGUGGAGGGAGCUCCUGGUGUAGGCAAAACAACAUUCAGUCUCGAUGCUUGUAUCAAGUGGGCCAAUAAAGAGCUGCUUAAAGACACUGCGAUACUCUUCCUGCUGCCAUUGAGAGACUUUGACGUUCAGAACUUAAACAAUCUUGAUGAAUUAGUAUCUCUCAUCAAUCCUGGAGACAAGUCCCUAGUGGAAGAGCUGGAAGCCAACAAAGGUGAAGGUACAGCCUUCUGGUUGGAUGGCUGGGAUGAAAUUGCAUCCACCCUUGAUGAUCAAUCAUGCUUCUUCAAGAAACUAGUGUCUGGAGAAAUCUUACCCAAAGCUAGAGUGAUUGUGACAAGUCGACCUUGGGCUACUGACUACAUCAAGAAACGAAAACCCUCACAGCACAUUGAGAUUGUAGCAUCUGUCCAAGACCAGAUUGAUUGGCUGAUAGAGCUGAAGAAAAAGUAUCCACAAAAGUCGUCUGCUCUCCUAGAACAGUUUUUGAAAUAUUUGGAUGAGACCCCUGCUGUCAAAGGCCACAUGCACACUCCCUUAGCUACCAGCAUCACCUUGUUGGUCUACCAGUGGUGCCAAGACUCAAGCUCUACCUUACCAACAACAGUGACCCAGCUGUACACUUCCUACACUUGCUUCUGUAUCCAUGAGUACCUGGACAAACACCCUCACUUUGUGCCCAAGCUAUGGAAAAGCAACAACUUUAGCGAUCUCUCAGAGCCUUUGAAAACAUUCUUCCAUAGCCUGUCUGGAAUUAGUUUAAAUGGCCUACUUGAUAAUGUACCGCGGCUGGUGUUCCCUGAUCUUCCCGAUUAUCUCAGACUGGAGACUCUGGGGCUGAUGCAGACAGUGGACCCGCUAUACACCAGUGCUGUAGUUAGCUAUCACUUCAACCACCUCACACUUCAAGAGUAUCUAGCUGCGUUUUCACUAUCACAGAUGAGCGAUGAAGAAAGAAGUGCGAUUGUUGCGAGGUGUAUCCAUGAUGGCCACUUCAUCGGGGUCCUGAGGUUUCUCAGUGGACUCACCAAAUCUUCUCCCAUCCUCAGAGAUCACAUGAGGAGAAAAAUUGGAUCAAGGACCGUCUUUCACUGGCUGUUUGAGGGAGGUGAUAAAGCUUCUAUUACUGACAUUCUUGGAGAGAGUGAAAUGAGUAUUCGCUCAGACUACUCCUGGUCUCCUCUUGACUAUUUUGUUACUGGCUACUGCACUGCUCGAUCCAACUGUUUCAUAAAUUUCGAAAUCACAGGCAUUGGAGAUGAAAAUGAGAAUAUGUCUCAUUUAUUUCAAGCGUUUUGCAGUGCCGGUGGAGAGCAGGGAAAUGCUUCUAUCACAUCAAUAAAAGUGUCAUGUAGUGAUCUCGCCUCACAAAGCUUCCAAUACAUGCAAGACAUUCCUACUCACUUCUUACGCCACUUGAAGAGGUUCACUGUAUGUUACAACAAACUUGACGGUACUGCUGUCGACCACAUUGCCAAGACCAUCCCCCAUAUGCCUCAACUAGAAGAACUUGAUCUAGCAAGAAACAAAAUCCAAAGAGGAGGUGCUGUCUCUCUUGUAUCAGCCCUCUGUGACCACACAGCUUUGAAGAAGUUGGAUUUGGCUGAGAAUAAUAUCGCUAAAGAAGAUUGUGAACAAUUAGCUAAACUCUUGUGUUCUAGUCAGUGUCUCGAAUCGUUGAAUGUCAGUGACAACUCUUUCUCCUCUGACAGUGUCCAUAUUCUGUUCAGAGGAUUACAGCAAAACAGCCCUCUGAAAGAACUGGUCAUGUCAGAAAAUAGUGUUUCACUGGAGGCCAUGACGACUUUCAGUGCUUACCUUGGAGACAAUGACAAGUGUAAACUGGAGACAGGGUAUAUAUGCCGCUGCGACAUUUCUCCAGAAUCAGCUAUAGAGCUAGCACACGGACUCAGUCGAAACUGUUCAGUGAAGGAUCUGCACUUGUCUAGCAAUCCACUUGGAGACAGCGGAGUGACUGCCCUCGGUAGAGCACUAGAAACAAACAAAACAAUUACUAGACUUUUUUUAGAUAACUGUUCCAUGACUACCAUUGGAGGAGCAGCACUGGCCUCAUCUCUGAUGGCCAACUCAACAAUAGAGGAGCUGAUUAUUAGCCGCAAUUCAUUAGGAGGAGAAGCAAUUCAAAAGUUUGCGGAGUUAAUACAACACAACAAAACACUCAAGAUACUAAGUAUUAACAAAGAUGACUCAUUAACUCAAUCCGAUAUCGAUAUCCUCCUCAACAGUACAACAGACAAUCAAACACUGGAACAUUUGACAGUACCCCAAAAAUUCAGAGUUAAGUACUGACAAUUAGAGUGGUGGGAUUAGUUACGUUACAAUUUGAAUGUCAGUUGUUUUUUUCGUGUUUUUGUAAUUCGUAAUAAAAAAAAACUUUAUUAUUAGUCAAUUAA